AUCAAGUUUGGGUCUUCAUUCUUGUCUGCAGUAUUGUUCAUGGUGGGAAUGUUCCUGUAGAGACCUGUCAACGUCGGAUUGGUGAAAUCAAGUAGGCCUUUUGAAAAUUUAGAUCUCUCCGACUCUCAUCAGACUCAGUCAUUCUUUUUCAAUUCCUUUUGCUGAAUAUUUUUAAUCUCAAUCUUAUCUGGAUAUUGUCUCGCACUUGAUUGCAUCAUAAAUUCUACAGUAUGAGAAUUAAGAAAUGCUCAGAUGACGAGGACGAGCAGCUCGUAAUCCACUCAGUCCCACCCAUGCCUUGUCUUGCCUUGUUCCAUAACAUUAGGAUACCAAGUGCCCGAAGACCAAGGAUCAGAUGGCACAGUUUCCAGAAAUCCCAUCGGCCAAGUCUGAAUUCAAGACCUUUCCAAGUAAGCAGUCUAUCUGUUGGUCAGUUGAUGAUCCUUCGCAAGCUUUCGCUCCUCAAAUUGACCGCUGUGAUGGAACGCUACGCAGUCUCUCACCGGAGCGGUUGGACGUGGAUGGUGCCUCGGUUCAUGAAACGGUCCAAGACGGCUGACAUCAAGGACCGGCUGGUGUUUGGGGUACCCCUCCUCCACCACCUCCAGAAGACGGGUCAGCCCCUUCCCCAGACCAUCCUGUAUGCCAUGCGCUACCUGAGACGACAGGCUGGUGAGGCGGUAGGGCUCUUCCGCAAACCUGGGGUUCGGUCACGCAUCCAGCAGCUGAAGAAAAUGAAUGAGGCUAAUCCUGACUCCCUGAGUUACGAUGGCAUGAUGGCCUAUGAUGUUGCUGAUAUGCUGAAACAGUACUUCCGGGAAUUACCAGAACCUCUGCUUACACCAAAACUUUCUGAGACUUUCAUAAGCCUCUUUACCUCAUCCGUUCCCAAAGAGCUUCGUAUCCCAGUGAUUCAGGCAGCCAUCCUCCUGAUGCCAGAUGAGAACAGAGAGGUCCUUCAAUCACUCCUUCUAUUCCUUAGUGACAUCGCUAGCCAAUCAGAUCUCAACCAGAUGACUGCAUACAACCUAGCUGUCUGCUUUGCUCCGUCACUAUUCCAACUGAACUCUGGAGAGAGCUCUCGUCACCCGACGAGUCCCCGUCAGAGGCGUAAGAUGGCAGGCAAACCAGAUCAGAAGGAACUGAUUGAGAACGUCGCUGCCAAUGAGUGCUUGGCUCUCAUGAUCAGGGAGUGCAAGAAGCUCUUUAUGGUACCUGAGGACUUACUUGCCAAGUGUCAUUUCUCCUACAUGGAUCUUGGUGAACCGGUGACAUUAGAGGAGCUUGGGAGGAAGAGGAAUGAUGAGAGUGGAGAUUACAAAAGCUAUCUGGAGAGCUGCAUCCAAGGUCUCCUCAAGGAAUCCCGUGAGAAAUUCAAAGGGUGGGUGACCUGUUCACCAGUAGACAAAGUUGAGGUGGCAUACAAGAAGGUCGGUGAUGGCCAUCCUCUUCGUCUCUGGAAAUGCACCACUGAUAUUGAGGCCCCUCCUUCCGUCAUCUUACAAAGAGUGCUGAGAGAAAGGCAAUACUGGGAUGAAGACCUACUGAAAUGGAGAUCAGUUGAGAAAAUAGACAACCAGACUGAGGUCUUUGAGUAUGUGGUCAAUUCCAUGGCACCACACCCGACCAGGAGCUACACAGUCUUGAGGUCUUGGAGGACAAAUCUCCAGAAAGGAGCAUGUGUCCUGGUAUCCACCUCCAUUGAACAUCCAGACUCCUCCCUUGCAGGCAGUGUCAGGGGUACAGAGCUUGCAUCACGCUUCCUCAUCGAACCUUGCGGAUCAGGCAAGUCUCGUCUGACACACAUCAGCAGGGUGGACACCAAGGGACGCACCUUGGAGUGGUAUAACAAGGCAUAUGGACACCUCCUGGCUCAGACGGUAGCCCACAUCCGCAACCUCUAUACCCCUCCAGCAACGGGACCAGAAACAAAAGUUUGAAGGUCUGGUGCCCAAAAACAAAACACUUAAGUCUUCUAAGAAGAUAUGCUUACUCCUCAGUGUCACUGUGGUCUGAUUGAGCAGAGCUCUUGAUUAAUUUAUUCUUUGUGGUACAGAAGAAUCGACUGCUGGUCAUACAGUUCUAGAAGGCUCCUCAAUAGCAACAUGACACUGUCAACAGUAUCAUCAAGGCAAAGACACAUGUAGCAUUUACAAUGCUUGUGUUCUGAAAUGAGCAGGGUUGGUGAUCUCCUGCUUAUUCAGCAGUAGCAGUAAGCGUUUUGAUCUUUGCCCCAUUACAAGCAAAGAGGUUGUGCAUCUGCAGCCUUGUUGUAUAAGAAAUAUUGCCAUGAAGUUGAGUUCAUGCCCAUCUUUAUUUAGUUAAUUCAUGUAUGAAUGCCUUAGCAUGUUGAUAUAACUUGUCUUAGGAAACAACAUUCUUAGAAAACCUUUUAUCCUUAUUUUACAAUCAUGAUAACUCUAUUAAGACCAUAUUUUCAUAUUUUGGAAUAAUAACAAAAAUAGAAAUCAAUGUUUUGCCCAAAAUACUUCAAUGAAAUAUAGAUUGUACUUUUUUAUCCCUCCAUUUAAUACCAUAUUUUCAGCACAUCAGAUUUGUAUAUUUCUAAAUGAAAGGGAUAUAUUAUGGCCACUAUUCAUAAGCAGAGAGCUCAUAAUUUGAUUUAAUGUGAGGAUACAGUGACAAUGUUUGUGAAUUAUUCAAUGCUGAUAUUUUUGUGAAAUACCAAAGACUAUUCUUGAUAAGAUAUUUAACCAUGGGGCAAGAAAUGUGUAAAUUUUAUUGAUUUUUACUAUCCCUUGUAGGAGGCUAAUGAUCAUGUACUUUGUUAAAUGUUAUGUGAACAUUUUGAAGGAGUGAUGGGAAUUAGGUAGUGUUACCUAGUUGAUAUUUAUAAGGUUACAAAUUUAAAAAUCUUGUACUCAUUUUCAGUGAAACUUGAAUAUAGUUAUUCAUAUAUUUGCACAACUUUGAUGAAGUGAAAGGGGAAUUGGAUUUUUGCUUAUUGAGCAUUUAAAGCUUUCCAAUUGAAGUUUAAUAAUUCUACUCUGUGAAUAUUUGUGCUAUUUAUAGGAGAGAUAUUGAAUGGGAGAGAUAUAUAAUGGAGUGGAUUUAAGAGAUGAUGAUUUGAUUUGUAUCAUUUUAUCGUAUUGUCUUCUGAUUUUGUGUUUGUGUCUAAGCUCAGAGUAUCUCGUCUUGAGUUUUAGGGGUGGAAGUUUACUUGUGUGGAUGUGCUCAGUGUAUUUUGUUUACAAUUAUUUGUAGGAUAUUUAUUUGAUAAAACUUAAUGGAAAAACACAUAUGGAUUACAAGUGUGCAAUUUAAUGUCAUACAUGAUGACUUCAUGUGAAUGUCUCUAGUCCCAUAUAUGAUGUUUUAUGUAGUUGUUUAAUACCUCCUUUGCUCAAAGUCUGUUUUCAUGUCAAUAUUUGAAUCAUUUUGUGUAUUAUUUUAUAAAAGUUCUCAUACUCAUGGCAGGAGUAUGUAUCAAAUGAUUUAACAAUUUUAGUACAACUCAGAAAAAAAAAUUUUUGCACUUAGGGCUUAGUGCCAAGUUUAGUGUAGCGUUUUGAAUGUUGAGUAUUAUCCAAACUGUUCAUGUAGUUUCAGCUUGAUCGUUGCUGAAGCAAAGUGUGUUUCUUUGUGCCAAGACAACUCGUAGCCUCAUUCAAUUGGCAGAUAGACACAGUAUCCUCAUUGGUAUGAACAAUGCAGACUUUACAACUAUCCAUCAGAUUUAUUCACCGUAGUAAACGACUCAGGAAUAUGAAUUUGUUUUGUUUAAGUGCAGUGACUGCUAACUUCUGCACAUCGCAUGCAGCUGUAUACUGAUACUACUGAACUUGUAAUUUGAAAUGCAGUGGAUUGUUACUCAAUAUUAAGUGAGAGGCUCACCUUUUUGAUAUUAUAACAGCCAGUCGAAUACCAUUGUACUGCAAAUGCUACUAAAUAUUAAUAUUUUAGUAUGAUAAGGGUCUGUGGUUAUUUGUAUGCACAAUAUUGUUCAGGAGAGCCAAUUUCAGUGUUUCAGCCCUUCAAUGUUGCUCUUAUUUUAGUCAAACAUUGUCCUUAACCAUGUGUAUUGUCAUGUGUAAAGUCGUUGUUUAAUUGAUUGGAUUGUGUAAAAUAGCC